CGAGUUGCAGUUAAAGACUACUGUUAUUAUUUAUUUUUAGGAAACACUUUGCCACCGAGUAGAUCUAUUUAAAGUCGCCAAGCAACACAACAUAUGCUGUUACUGUACCAAGUAGCUCCUGAAUACAUAUGAACCAAGGAUUAACAAGUGAUGCCAUUGAUUGGUUGCUUCAUGUUCCUGUUACUUCCUUGUUAGAUUACAUAGUAUAGUUACUAUUAAAAUAAAGGGAUACAUGUAAUAGUAUUGUUCCACUGUAAUUAAAACAUAUUUUUAACAAGGUCAUUUUUUUGUGGGGUGGAGUGUAUAUCACACCCACAAUAUUGUUCCAAGAAGAGUGUCUUUCACAUGUUAAAACAUGUGUAAAUGGGAUCAUUGAAAAGUACAUUGUAAAUGCUUUGGACUUACCAAAGCUUUCCACCCGUGAUUCCCAUCAAGUAAAUAAGUGCACACAUCUCUUUGUCUAUCUAUGGCUCUAUGGCUCCAUCUGACUUUGAGUAUCUCUCUCAAAAAACAGUGAGAAUUACCCAAAGGCAAAGCACGCUUCCAAAGCAGCUGCUACAGCCGGAACAUCUGGGAACAUCUGUCAACAUCUGUGUUACCUCAAACCCAGUGGCCUGUUUUCGCACUAUCCAAGUUAGUUAUCCAAAUAUAUCUGGACUUAAAUGUGUAUUCCAUCACAUUAGUGCAUGUGUCUUUGUUGCCCAUGUUCUUUCUUUCUUUCUUUAGAUAGAUAGAGAGAUAGAUAGAUAGAUAAGAUGGAUAGAUAGCAGUGCCAAUAUAAUUCCAUUCCAUUCUCACAUGCAUUAUACUUCUCACACUGAAGAAAACCUCCUCCAUUAUCGUGCUGAGCAGCCAGGAUCCACCCAGUGUGCUAAAGCUUUACACAUAUGACUUCAACCUUCUGGAUGAAGAUAAGAGCAACUGUCACACAGACACACGCCAUGCAGUUCUUCCUCAACACGAGCGUGUGGUUACUGAACACACGUUGCCCCCUGGCGCAUGUUUUUAAUAAUUGUUUCAUGCAGGUAUCCUGCCAUAAUGAAAGAAAGGACACAGAUAAACGUAUAGCUAUUUAUUUCAUAUACACCUGCUCAUAUGUCGAUGUUGCAUCCACAGAGACAAUUUAAUACCAUCAACCACAGAGGUUUUUUAAAAAUAGUUUAAAAAAUAUAUAUAGUUUUGUGAGACUAUACAUGUGUUUGUCUAUCUUAACUCUUUUUUUUUUUUAUCAUGUAGGAUAAUCAUGUGCUUAUUCAUAACACAGCGCCUGAUGAACUGUUGUAUUGAACAAUGGAGCUGAGUGUGUAUCAGUCCUCAGUGAGAGCAGCGUGGCAACCCCAUAUUAUGUUUACCAGGAAGAAAGCCGCACAGGAAGGAUAACCACUCAAAGGAAUACACGCAACUCGGCCACGGAUUGAAGUUAUGACUUUAAUAUGGCGGAUACAGGUCCUUUUUUAACUUCGUGUAUUAUUUUCUACCUAUCGAUCGGUGCCGCAAUAUUCCAACUUCUCGAAGAGCCAAACUGGAGAUCGGCCAGAGACGAAUACAUCCAAGAGAAGGAAACCUUUUUGACGAAACAUGCCUGCUUAACAGAGGAAGGUCUGGCCGAGAUGUUGGAGAUAGUGUCCAAGGCUGCUGGCCGAGGUGUGACCAUCACUGGAGACAAACACCGUAACUCGUGGGACUGGGCCAACUCUGUCAUCUUUGCUGCCACCAUUGUCACCACCAUAGGUUAUGGUAAUGUUGCUCCCAAGACCAAAGGUGGCCGUGUGUUCUGCAUCCUGUAUGGUCUCUGUGGGAUCCCCCUGUGUCUGGUGUGGAUAAGCAAGCUGGGCUCAUUCUUUGGAGACCGGGCCAAACGUCUGUCCCAGGUUCUGAUUCGUAAAGGCGUUUCAGUGAAAAAGGUCCAGUUAACCUGUACAGCCUUGUUCCUGUUAUGGGGGCUGUUGGUGCACCUGGUGAUCCCUCCAUUUGUUUUCAUGUCUAUAGAAGGAUGGAGCUACCUGGAGGGCCUUUACUUCUCCUUCAUCACGCUCACAACAGUUGGUUUUGGAGAUUAUGUGGCAGGUGUAAAUCCAAACAUGGACUACCCCACACUCUACAGGGUGUUUGCAGAGUUGUGGAUCUACAUGGGCCUGGCCUGGCUGUCUCUGUUCUUCAGCUGGAAUGUCCACAUGGUCGUGGAAGCUCACAAGGUGCUAAAGAAAAGAAGACACAGGCACAAGCUCGACGAGGAACCUCAGUCUGUAGAAGAGAAGCACAACCCACAAGGAAGGGCGUCCGUUAUCGACAUCUUCAACUUCCUAUCACGGAAGGAGGAAGACUACAGCACUGUCAUCAAGGAGAUUGGAGCCCACACAAUAAAUCCUGCAGCCAACAUAAACCGCUCGAAGAGCUGCAGCGACAUCCUGGCCACCAACAUCCAGACCCUGAAUCACUCGCCUCGGCACAGACGCAUGAUGAGCAUCAGUGAAGUUUUUGUCGUGGACGAAGACGAACGCGAGUUGUGUCCUAUAAUACAAGAAAGCAACAAAGGCCCUGAAUUUGCGAGGACGGAUAAUGAGGAGAACAAGGACGGUUGUCCACUUGAUUCAGAAACUCAUGGUAUCGUAUUCACUGUAUCUAAAAAAGAUGCCACGGAGAAGGAAAGUGUACAGCAUCGUGGUGGUGGAGGGUCUAGGUUUACGAUAGCCAAGGUAGGAGAGAACAAUUUGUCGAUGGAUAAAGAUGAAAAAGGAUAAAAGAUUUUAUAGAUGCUGUUAUGUAUCUAGAAAACAAACAUUUUGUAGAAAUGAUAGUAAAUAAAUGUUAGACGGUGUCCUGCUUUAUAAUGACAUACACACAAUGAGCUGGUGUCUAUAGGGGGGAAACAAUAUUUUAUUAUUUCUAUCCCAUAUCAAUCCAAAUCAUGUUGUGAGAUACAGAUUACACAGAUUAUUUCAAAUCACAAAACAGGGCUUUGUGGAAAACAGAGCCAAUUAGUAACUUUCCCUCAUAGGGAGCUGCUACAGUGGAGGCCAUGAGCACAUGGCCGUUAUCAACGUACUCCUGGCUCACUACCGGCUGAUCUGAGUGAAUGUUCUUGAUCCGGAGGACCUGGAGGAAACAGGAUUAAAAUGAUCAGGUCACCUUCCUGCCUGGUACGGUCACCUUAACUGUAGUCUCGCAUAGCCAGACCUAUUUCCACAGCUCUGUGUCAGCCUUCGCUAUUUCUUUUCACAAUCGUCUUGGGCGCUGCUAAGCAAAGAAUGUGCCCUUGCACAACACACAGCACAGAUAGUGAAAGGGGAGGAGACUUAAAACCUCUACAGUCGACAUUCGGUGGGUCAGACAACCUGAACUGUCGAUCAAAGAAUGAACUUUCUAGGCUUGCGUCAUUGGUAAGAAAACCCCAAAAAGCCUUUUUUUAAAAUAGAAUAGGAGAAGAACGGUCAUUAAAAUCAAAGGAGCCGGGUAGUCAGAGUGACUAGAAGCAGCAGUGGCGUUGUGACGUUACACAGCAGAGAGAGCAAAUGAGUCACAUUUAAAGCUUUAUCCACACACACUUGUGUUAUUGGUAGGGAAGUUCAUUUCUUAUCACCAGAAGAGUGAACACUUUGUUUUGUUCCUUUUCUGGAACCAGUGUAGCAUUAAAGCAUGGUGAAAUGAACUAGCUCAUAGCUGGCUAGUUAGCUGGCUAGUUAGCUAGCUUGCUAGUAAUGCCAUGCUCCAGGCGAGCUGCAUUGACCCUUUACGGCUCCACUGACCUGUGUUGUCACCAUUACAGCUCACAACAAUCGCCAUUUUCUUUUGCUCUAGUCAAACGAUCAUGUAAAUCCGCUCUACUCCUUUUCUAUGUGAUCCUGGCAGAUAAAUCACAUUCUCUUUAAAGCGCCUCUGGCAGCUGCAAAUGUGAAGUCCUUCAGAUUUAAGCCACAGAUAUUGAACGUUGUUUAUGUGUAAUGUGACGUUGUCUUCGUGCUUUAUGAGCUGCUCACCUGCUUCAUACGUUUGUUUCUCAUUCUUGGUGAACCGAAGACAAAUGUUCACCCUAGUGGACAAUAGAGACGUAUUCUAUUCUAAACAUAAAUAACAACGCUGAAACAAAGACAAAACACUAACUUCGGAGCCGGGUGGAUCUUCAGGGUCAUACAUUGACAACUUCAUGGCAUUUGGGUGACAACCCAGCCAUAAGUCCCCCGUCUUGUGGUCCACCUCAAUGUUAUCACAGAGGGACCCAACAGCUACAGACUGGUGGGAAACAUUACAUACAGUAAACGGAUCAUUAUAUUCCGUCCUCUAGAAGAAACAAAGUGUUGAAUAAAGCAUGAACAAAUAAGUUUGUUUUUUAGAAUUAAUUUGCAAAAAAAAAGAAAAGUAAUGGUAUUGUUGAAAUACAUUAUUUGACAUUUUGGGAAA